GUCCCCUUCCUGAUCGACUGACUUCCUCGUACAGCUUUUCACGGUGACUGGUGUAAUGGCACUUCUUACAUCGAAUGGAAAGGAUCCAUGCCAGGCCUCUCUUUUCCUCCCCAUGCUGGUUCCAGUCCAGUGAACCGUCACAGUCCAGGAAUUUCUUCCGUGACAGGAGAAGGAAUGAAGUUGGCAGGACUUUCCGCACUGUCCUUGGUAGCAGCUGAUGAUGGAACGGACAGCAGUUUACAUGGCCCGUUUCAUCAAAGAUGCAUUGGAAGCAGCAGCACUAUCUCCAUCACUGGUGAAAUGGGAAAUGAUGAGUGGACAGUCAUCACUUUGCAGCUCACUGAUGCAUUUCGCAGCCCAUCUCUUUUUGUCUUUAAUGGUGGUCUCUGGAGGAAUGGUUGCAGUGCAGCCUUCAUGUCCGGGGCAGGUAAAUUCCUUUUCCUUGGCUCUAAGAUGGGUGCCUUUCUUGCACAGUUUAUUGCCACAAAACACUGCCACAACAUUGUUCUUCUUGGUAACAUUUUCACUUAA